AUGCAAUUCCUCUCCCUCACGGCCCUUGCGGCUCUCGCCUCUACAGUCGUAUCCCACGGCAUAAUUACCUCCCCCACCCCCCGUGCCCCAGGUCCCGCCUCUCUCCAAGCCUGCGGUCCAACCGUAACAAACAUCAUCAAAGGUGACAAUACUUCACACGUCGAGGACUUGCCAGAAGCCGCUGCAAAAGAUAAACUUUACCAAGGCCCACAAGCCUGUACCCUGUGGCUAUGCAGAGGACUACAGGCCGCGGAUAAUACGAAGAAUGUUCAGAGCUGGACAGUGGGACAGAAAGUUACGAUCAAUGUCUCUUUGAGGAUUAAACAUGUCGGCAGUGCGAAUGUUAGUAUCGUCGACACGAAGACGAACAGUUAUGUCAAGGGAGGUGCGGUCUUGGUUAAUUGGCCGAGUGGGUAUGCUGAUGAGGGUAUGUUUCUCGUAUUCUUUUCCUAUGACGGAGAGACGAGAGGCUCGACUGGGGUCUUGAGGAAUGCUGGGACUGGAAUAUGUAUGCUAAUUGCUUUUAGCGGUCACUGCCACGCCCAAGAACCAGACCACUUUCGAUGUCACGAUCCCAGAUUUGGGAGGCGCUUGCAAGGUUGCUGGCGAGUGUGUAAGUAAUCACCUUUCUCCAACUCGACUGCCCGAUUCCCUUUCAUGUCUUCCUUUCCCCCUUUCUUUUUUGCAAAUUUGAAGAUGUACAAAGGGAUGCUGAUCGAUGGUUCGAAACAGGUGCUUCAAUGGUGGUGGUAUGGAACCAAGGCAAGGCAGACUUAUGAGUCUUGUCUUGAUUUCACGAUUGCUCCUACCACUCCUAGUGUUCGUUCGCGAAUGUUUAAUAUGUAGAUUGGUGGAGGUAAAGAUGUGAGGAUGGAAUUUGGGGAUGGUGAAUGGUGAAUGGUUUUUUGUUUUGUAUAUAUGUGAAAAUGGGGAUUGGAUGGAGGGUUGAGUGUACAUACAUAGGUUGAUUUUAGUUGUUGUUUUGUACUUGCGCUUUUUUCUUUGCAGGAAUAUUGUUUGUAGUUGGGACUUGGUGAUCCAUUGCACAUUUACGAAUCGUU